AUGCAUGCAAACACGGCUUCACGUGUAGUUACUAACUCUAACCUAGUCACCAGUCAUACCCAGUCAGUUACCCAUCAACCAGUCACCAGUCAUACCCAGUCUGUCACCACUCACCCAAUCACCAGUCAUACUCAUUCUGUUACCAAUCAACCAGUCACCAGUCAUACCCAGUCUGACACCCAUCGCCCAAUCACCAGUCAUACUCAUUCUGUUACCAAUCAACCAGUCACCAGUCAUUCUCAGUCUGUCUCCCAUCAACCAGUUACCAGUCAUCCCCAGUCAUACCCAGUCUGUCACCCAUCAACCAAUCACCAGUCAUCCCCAGUCUGUUCCCCAUCACCCAGUCACCAGUCAUACCCAGUCCAAGUUACCAGUCAUACCCAUUCAGUUACCCAUCAACCAGUCACACCCAGUCUGUCACCCAUCAACCAGUCACCAGUCAUCCCCAGUCUGUCACCCAUCAACCAGUCACCAGUCAAACCCAGUCUGUCACCCAUCAACCAGUCACCAGUCAAACCCAGUCUGUCACCCAUCAACCAGUCACCAGUCAUACACGGUCUGUCACCCAUCACCCAAUCACCAGUCAUACUCAUUCUGUUACCAAUCAACCAGUCACCAGUCAUUCUCAGUCUGUCUCCCAUCAACCAGUUACCAGUCAUACCCAUUCAGUUACCCAUCAACCAGUCACCAGUCACACCCAGUCUGUCACCCAUCAACCAGUCACCAGUCAAACCCAGUCUGUCACCCAUCAACCAGUCACCAGUCAAACCCAGUCUGUCACCCAUCAACCAGUCACCAGUCAUCCCCAGUCUGUUACCCAUCAACCAGUCACCAGUCAUACACAGUCUGUCACCCAUCACCCAAUCACCAGCCAUACCCAUUCUGUUACCAAUCAACCAGUCACCAGUCAUACCCAGUCUGUCACCCAUCACCCAAUCACCAGUCAUACUCAUUCUGUUACCAAUCAACCAGUCACCAGUCAUACUCAGUCUGUCACCCAUCAACCAGUCCCCAGUCAUACCCAUUCUGUUACCAAUCAACAGUCAUACUCAUCACCAGUCAUACCCAUUCUGUUACCAAUCAACAGUCAUACUCAGUCUGUCACCCAUCAACCAGUUACCAGUCAUACCCAUUCAGUUACCCAUCAACCAGUCACCAGUCAUACCCAGUCUGUCACCCAUCAACCAGUCACCAGUCAUACCCAGUCUGUCACCCAUCACCCAAUCACCAGCCAUACCCAUUCUGUUACCAAUCAACCAGUCACCAGUCAUACUCAGUCUGUCACCCAUCAGCCAGUUACUAGUCAUACCCAUUCAGUUACCCAUCAACCAGUCACCAGUCAUACCCAGUCUGACACCCAUCACCCAAUCACCAGUCAUACCCAUUCAGUUACCCAUCAACCAGUCCCCAGUCAUACCCAGUCUGUCACCCAUCACCCAAUCACCAGUCAUGCCCAGUCUGUCACCCAUCAACCAAUCACCAGUCAUACCCAUUAUGUUGUCCAUCAACCAGUCACCAGUCAUACCCAGUCUGUCACCCAUCAACCUGUCACCAGUCAUACCCAUUCUGUUACCCAUCAACCAGUCACCAGUCAUACCCAGUCUGUCACCCAUCGACCAAUCACCAGUCAUACCCAGUCUGUCACCCAUCAACCUGUCACCAGUCAUACCCAUUCUGUUACCCAUCAACCAAUCACCAGUCAUACCCAUUCUGUUACCCAUCAACCAAUCACCAGUCAUACCCAUUCUGUUACCAAUCAACCAGUCACCAGUCAUAUCCAGUCUGUCACCCAUCAACCAGUCACCAGUCAAACCCAGUCUGUCAUCCAUCACCCAGUCACCAUUCAAACCCAGUGUGUCACCCAUCAACCAGUUACCAGACAUCCCCAGUCAGUUACCAUCAACCAGUCACCAGUCAUACCCAGUCUAUCACCCAUCAACCAGUCAUCCCAAGUCAGUCACCCAUCAACCAGUCACCAGUCAUACCCAUUCUGUUACCCAUCAACCAGUCACCAGUCAUACCCAGUCUAUCACCCAUCAACCAGUCAUACCAAGUCAGUCACCCAUCAACCAGUCACCAGUCAUACCCAGUAUGUCACCCAUCAACCAGUCACCAGUCAAACCCAGUCUGUCAUCCAUCAACCAGUCACCAUUCAAACCCAGUGUGUCACCCAUCAACCAGUUAGCAGACAUACCCAGAACAGGCCCCUGUGCACUGAAAGAUAAUGAAGAAAUUACACAGGCUGCUCAGGGCUCAUCAGGGGAAUUUGUUCCGUCUAAGAUCCGAUCGGAGUUCCUGAAAUGGAAAGCCCUGAAGUUGGGGCAACUUAACUCCAGCAAUAACAGCCAGGCCCACGAUGAUUCGGACGCGGAAUCCAAUUAUAGCUCUGAGGGUAGCGACCCUAAUUAG